AUGGGCAAGUCAAUUGUUGAUGAUUCAUCAAUAUCUCUUGAUAGUUUAUCAUGUGCUCUUCAAGAUUAUAUUAAACAAGGUCAAGCUCUAAUCAUACUUGAUGGUCUUGAUGAAAUUCCUGUUUCAUAUCAACGUUCAAAAAUUAUUAAUCUUGUUGAAAACUUCGUCGAUAGUUACAUUCAAACACCUAUGGGUACUUCUGCUUUCGACGAUCGAUAUUUGAGUAGACUAUUUGAUAAUCCAUCUAAAUCAGGUGGAAAUCAAUUAAUCGUUACAAGUCGUAUUGUUGGUUAUCAUGUUGCUCCAUUAGCUGGUCAAUUUGCUCAUUAUACAAUUCGACCUAUGAAUAUGGAACAUAUGAAAGAUUUUGUUGACUAUUGGUUUUUUCGUGUUCAUCAAUGUAUACUUGACACAUUGGAUCUUUCAUUAAUUAAUCAAGGAGAGAUUCAUGAUGAAGCACUUAAAAAAGAACUAGAAAAAAACAGAACAUAUCGGACUUCUUGA